GGGAGACACGUGAGGCUCUGCUACGUCAUCUCCAGGCACGCGCAGGAAACAUGGCGGCGGCGGGUGUUGUGAGCGGGAAGAUUAUAUUUGAACAGGAGGGCGUGUAUAUUCAUUCAUCUUGUGGAAAGACCAAUGAUCAAGACAGCUUGAUUUCAGGAAUAUUACGUGUUUUAGAAAAGGAUGCUGAAGUGAUAGUGGACUGGAGACCCUUGGAUGAUGCAUUGGAUUCUUCUAGUAUUCUCUAUGCCAGAAAGGACUCCAGUUCUGUUGUGGAAUGGACCCAGGCCCCCAAAGAAAGAGCCCAUCGAGGAGCAGAACAUCUGAACAGCUACGAGGCAGAGUGGGACAUGGUUAAUACAGUUUCAUUUAAAAAGAAACCACAUACCAAUGGAGAUGCUUCAAGUCAUAGAAAUGGGAAAAGCAAAUGGUCAUUCCAGUUCAGUUUGACAGACCUGAAGUCAAUCAAGCAGAACAGAGAGGGUAUGGGCUGGUCCUAUUUGGUAUUCUGUCUAAAGGACGACGUCGUUCUGCCUGCUCUGCACUUUCAUCAAGGAGAAAGCAAGCUACUGAUUGAGUCUCUUGAGAAAUAUGUGAUGUUAUGUGACUCUCCACAGGAUAAACGAAUACUUCUUGUGAAUUGUCAAAAUAAGAGUCUUUCACAGUCUUUUGAAAAUCUUCUUGAUGAACCAGCAUAUGGUUUAAUACAAACAGGACUGCUAGACAGAAGAAAGCUGUUGUGGGCCAUUCACCAUUUGAAAAAAAUUAAAAAGGAUCCUUAUACAGCAACCAUGGUAGGAUUUUCCAAAGUCACAAACUACAUUUUUGAUAGCUUGAGAGGCAGCGAUCCCUCUACACAUCAACGACCACCUUCAGAAAUGGCAGAUUUUCUGAGUGAUGCAAUUCCAGGUCUAAAGAUAAAUCAACAAGAAGAACCAGGAUUUGAAGUCAUCACAAGAAUUGAUUUGGGAGAACGACCUGUUGUUCAAAGGAGAGAGCCAGUGUCACUGGAAGAAUGGACUAAGAAUGUUGAUUCUGAAGGAAGAAUUUUAAACGUGGAUAAUAUGAAGCAGAUGAUAUUUAGAGGGGGACUUAGUCACGCGUUGAGAAAACAAGCAUGGAAGUUUCUUCUGGGUUAUUUUCCUUGGGACAGUACCAAGGAAGAAAGAGCUCAGUUACAAAAACAGAAAACUGAUGAAUACUUCAGGAUGAAACUGCAGUGGAAAUCUGUCAGUGAGGAGCAAGAGAAGAGAAAUUCGAGGUUAAGAGAUUAUAGAAGUCUUAUCGAAAAGGAUGUUAACAGAACAGAUCGGACAAACAAGUUUUAUGAAGGUCAAGACAAUCCAGGAUUGAUUUUGCUUCAUGACAUUUUGAUGACCUACUGUAUGUAUGAUUUUGAUUUAGGGUAUGUACAAGGAAUGAGUGACUUACUUUCCCCCCUUUUAUAUGUGAUGGAAAAUGAAGUGGAUGCCUUUUGGUGCUUUGCUGCUUACAUGGACCAAAUGCAUCACAAUUUUGAAGAACAGAUGCAAGGCAUGAAGACUCAGUUAAUUCAGCUGAGUACCUUACUCCGAUUAUUGGACAGUGGAUUUUGCAGUUACCUAGAAUCUCAGGACUCUGGAUACCUUUAUUUUUGCUUCAGAUGGCUUCUAAUCAGAUUUAAAAGGGAAUUUAGUUUUCUGGAUAUUCUUCGACUAUGGGAGGUAAUGUGGACUGAACUGCCAUGUAAGAAUUUCCAUCUUCUUCUCUGUUGUGCUAUUCUGGAAUCAGAGAAACAGCAAAUAAUGGAAAAACAUUAUGGCUUCAAUGAAAUACUUAAGCAUAUCAAUGAAUUGUCCAUGAAAAUUGAUGUGGAAGACAUAUUGUGCAAAGCAGAAGCAAUCUCUCUGCAGAUGGUAAAGUGCAAGGAAUUGCCGCAAGCAGUUUGUGAGAUUCUAGGGCUUCAGGACAGUGAAAGCGCAACACCAGAUUCCGAUGUUGGUGAAGAUGAAAAUGCCAGCCUGUCUCGUCCUGCAUCCGCAUUUCAGAGUAACACUUUGCCUACACUUGCGGCUUGUGGAGCCAGAGAUGACAGCCCAACACAGAUGCCAGCAUCCCCAAAUGCCAAGAGACUAACACCUUCAUGAUCAUUCUUGUAUUUUUUUUUUUUUUUGGAAGAGACAUUUUGUUUCAAACUCUUUCUUAAGUACUUGAAUGUUGGAAAUUUAAAAUCCUGGUAAUGAUCAUGCUUUAAGGUUUAUGGAAAGAAAAGUGUACUGAUGUUCUUGCAUUAAAGCUUUACAAAGAUUUAAACUAAUUAUUUUUGUAGUUACUUCUACCAAAUAGCCUUUCCUUUUCAAAAACAUUCCUUAGUAUUUUUUAUAGCCAAGUAAAUUUUAUUUUCUUGUUGAUGAACUGGAACUAGAUAAGUGGAUGAGUUGGAAAUUAUGCACUUUGAAAACAUUCAGUUUGUUUACACUGAGUUUUAUGGGCUUGGUGUUUUGAUUGAAUUAAAUGUUUAGCCUUUCUAUGGCAUUUUAAGCUGAGAAGUAGAUUGUUACCCAGUGAUCAAAAAUUUUCCUGGAAAAAAAUUUUUAUUGUUUACAAUACUCAGCUUAAAUAUUUAUGCUGGUUGAAUGUGAUUUAAAUCGGACAUUUACAUCAGUGCAAUUGAAUGUGUAGAUAAAGAACUACUUCAACCAUAGUAGGUGGAUUGGCAGGAUAUUUUUUACACUGAGGUUUUCUUCACUUGUAUAUAAAACUACAUGUAAGUACUAUUUAUAAGAGUAAGGAAGGAUAGGCAUAUUUUCUUUAACUGAGUAAACUUGACUAUUCAUUUAUAUAACCCACUUUGAUGAAAUUAAUACAUAGCUUCAAUAUGAGAUCUUUUUCAAAACUAUUUUCUUAACCAUUUAUUUCAUGAGACUACAUACAUCCUGGUACCUGGUAUACUUUUAAAAUUAAUUGCUUGUAACUUCACUUUAUUAAUAAUGUUAACUCUCUUUCCUAACAACAUAUUAGCCGAUUAAUCAGGUAUUUACAUUUUUAUAAAGUAUUCCUUGCGAAAAACUUAUGUCAGAAAUUUCAAUAUAUUAUCAUGAGUCUCAAAAUACUUUUUUGUAUAUGAAUGAAGCUGUUGUUUUUACCAUGCAGUAUUGCAUGAUUUUAAGUUAUGUGUUAUUAACAUAACUGAUUCCGUUUUAAUUGUAAUUUGUUAACUCCUGUACAUAUCAUUAAAAUAAAUUUGAAGCUGAA